CUCGUUCAGAUCGGCAUCUUUGACGAAAAGAUGAAGUCAAACAUGGAAUAUCUCUUUUUAUUCAUGUUGAUAAUUGGAAAGGUAUUUUGUGCGUGGAAUUUUGAAGGUCAAAAUAUCGCACCAUAUGGCCAGGCUUAUCAGAAUCCAAAGACAUACCUAAAAAAUAAAUUUAAUGCAAAAAAAGCCAUUGAUGGAGACAAGGAUACGGAUGUUGUACAUGGAAAAUGUUCACACACGGACUUACCACAAAAUGGAGAAACCGCUUGGUGGGAAGUUCAAUUCAACAAUUUAUACAGCAUCACUGGCAUUGUGAUUGUAAACAGAAAGUUCGUAACUGAAAGAAACAGACUUUUCGGAAUGUUUAUAUAUGGGAACACUUCCAGCAACGAUUCUACUGUACUAUUUCAUGAUAAUUCAACCACAAGGAGUUGUCAAACAAACAGUAGUGCACAAGUGUGUAAUGACAAUAUUAGAAUUCCUAUUGUUGGAACAAAAAGGCUGAUGCAAGGACUAAGGAUAGUAACACAAAACUAUCUCACCCUAUGUGAAGUGGAAAUUUUUGCAAUUGCCUGUAAGCCUACUGACAUAACAAAUGGAAAUACACUUCCGUUGUCACCACCGUCAGAUUUGCGCGUGAACUGUCCGAACGGUUAUCAUCCGCAACCUGAGUCAGUACAAUGCCAUCACAACGGUAGCUGGUCCAGUUCGCCACAAUGCAUUUGGGGAUGUCCAUGGCAAAUUGAAAAUGGCUAUCUUACAGAUAUUUAUAAUCAUUCCAUACUAUUCAACAGACCUAUCCAAGUAAAUCAAUACUUUAGUAUCAUAUGCAAUGAUGCAUAUGAGCUUAAUGUAACCAAUAACAGAUUUUAUUGUCGGAAUGGGACAUGGAACGAAGAUGUAAAAUGCGAACCGAUCGAAUGCUCUUGUCCAGCAGAGACAGACAUCGCCUUUUACAUGGUUAUUGCUACAACAAAUCAGUGUCGCGGGAGUAAAUUGUAUGAAACUAGGUUGCAAGUUCAAUGCAAACCUGGGUAUAUAUCACCCACUGAAGAAACUACAACAUGCCAAAGAAACAAUCGUUGGAGCCCUCAUUCAUUGAACUGUGAACACGUUACUUGUAACGACCCUCCAGAAAUUCAAAAUGGGUUUUAUGCCCAUUCUGAACAGGGUCCAUAUCAUGUUAAUGCCUUUGUGACACCGCAAUGUAAUACAGGAUACAAACUAACAGGAAAAGGGAAUUCACUGACAUGCUCUUCUGACGGUAAUUGGUCUGGGAUUUAUUCUAGUUGUAAAUUAGUAACAUGUUCUAAGCCACCAGUUCCUGUGCACGGAACAUAUGAACCAGCGCAUAUUGGACAAUACUUUUAUAACACGACAAUAAAUAUAAUAUGUAACAUUGGAUAUACAAUUUACACCGGACCUUCUAUGCGUUUAUGCACAGCUGAAGGACACUGGAGUGGUUUCAAUCAGUGUGAAAAAGUGACGUGUUCUAUCAACAUUUCCGAGAACAACCAUGUAUUUUUAGUAGUCCCACUGUAAACUACACUGGCAAUUCAUUUCUGAUUGAUUACAAUACUACAUUAUAUGCAGUUUGUAAGGAUGGAUUUACUUCUAAAUUCGAACACAUUCCAAGAAAGUGCAAGCUAGACGGACAUCUAAGUGGCCAUGAACCAAUUUGCACAAGAAAGGCAUGCAUUGCAGUUAAUUAUUUAGAGGUCAACAUAUCGGGAUAUACAGUACAAGUCAAUGGACCGCUCCUCUACGAAGAAACGAAAAUGGUUGAAUAUAACCAUUCAUUAUUUUAUCAUGUUAACGGUUCAUUGUCUGUUAACUGUUCUGUCGAUGGGACACUUCAAUGGCAACAAGGCGACCCACCUGACCUACGAAAAAUAUGCAUCUUACCAAAGACGAUUUCAAACGGGAUGGUUAAUCAUUCCUGCAUAUCUGGCGAUAAAUGUGAACAUGGAACAACUUUACGAAUUGUAUGUGAUGAAGGUUUCUCGCCAGCGAACAUUCUUGUCAAGUGCCUUCCUUCACACACGUGGAAUACUGAUUUGUUUUGUGAAAAAAUGUCUACCUCCGAAACCCGGAUAGUUGCAAUUGCUAGUGCGACUAGUGUGGGAACACUCCUCAUUGUGGCGUCUGCUAUAGCAUUUGCAGUUUUCCUGCUUCGAAGGAAACGAAAGGAAUACACAAAUCCCAAAGGUACACGGCAUAAAUCAACGAAUUAUUUAAACGUGAAUUCUGAAGUUGGCAAAAUUGAAAAAGAAGUUGCAACAAAAGAUAACACAGAGUAUGCGACAAGUACAGCCCAUUUCGAAGUAACGCGGGAUGAAGAGGCCGGUAUGGAGAAGUCAUAUUACAGCUUCGGUGAUCGUGUAAAACUUCCAGAUACUGCCAUUAAAGUGGAAGAUUUGUAUGAUAUCAUUUUCUCAUCUGAAUCCACGGAAACUAUGAAAACUCAGUUUAAGAUCUUUCCAAAAGGACUGACAGAAGACUGUAAGGUAGCCCUGAAACCUCAAAACAGACAAAAAAAUAGAUACAAAAACAUAUUUCCAUAUGAUGAAACAAGGGUAAUUCUUCAGAAAUAUGGAAACCAUAUCAGCGAUUACAUCAACGCAAACUACAUACACGGAUAUAAUCAGACCAGAGCGUAUAUUGCGUCUCAAGGCCUACGAAAGAGAUACUGGUUGAUUUUUGUUGUUAUGCUGACUAAUCUUGAGGAGAACAAAACGAUGAAGUGCAUACAAUAUUGGCCUGAAGCAGAUAAGGUUGACUUCGAUGAUUACAAAACAGGAGAGGAAAAACGAAAGCUGUUCCAUUUUCAUUUUACUGCGUGGCCGGAUAAAAGUGUCCCAAAGUAUGCUUCGUCGCUUGUUCAUUUCCGGCAUAAAGUGGAAACCACUGCUGUGAAAGAGAAUGGGCCCGUUAUUGUUCAUUGCAGCGCCGGCGUGGGGCGGACUGGUACAUUCAUUGCCCUGAAUGUACUGACAGAGCAAGCCUCCACUGUGGGAUAUGUGGAUCCUGUGGGCUGUGUGAAUACACUGAGGAGGCAGAGGGUCGACAUGGUUCAAACACCGGAUCAGUACAUAUUUCUGCACAUGGCUCUUCUGGAGACAUUGAUGCUUUCCACAUCGGCUCUAUCUGCAUCGCGGUUUCUAGAAUCUUAUGAAGAACUUAUGGCCGUCGAUAAUGACCAUAGGAGACGUACAAUUGAUGUCGAGUUCUCUAGAAUGGAAAAAAUGUCCCCCGUGGCUAAUAAAUGUAAAUACGUGAGUGAAAAAGACGUGAGGAACAGGACUAAGAAUCGGUAUUCAAACAUUCUCCCAGUCGCUGACCACAUGCCGUAUUUAACUCCCUCUGGAAAGAGGUCUGAGCCUGAUUACAUCAACGCUGUAUUGUUACCGAACUACAAGAAGAAGGGAGCAUUCAUCAUCACCCAGACACCACUAGAGGUGACUAAGACCGACUUCUGGAGACUGGUGGUUGAACACGAUGUCCAUACAAUCGUCAUGAUGAACAACAGCAAUGAGAUGAAGGAAGACGAGAUAUACUGGCCUGUACAUGAGGAAUCGGAAACAUAUGAAAACAUGAAGAUUAUCAAGACAAGCGAAGAAUGCGAGGGAGGAUUGAGGAAGAUAACGUUUGACUUGAAUCGCUAUGGAACGACAAGAAAACUUCAACAAAUACAGUUUGAAAAUUGGCCGGUUGAUUCAGCGUUGCCAUCUUCUCCUAAGGAUGUUUUAAACCUCCUUGAUGCGGUUCAGUACUGGCAGCAUCAAUCCGGAAACAACGCUGUUCUUGUUCAUUGCAUAUGCCUCAAUAACGGAGCAGACAGAAGUGGCUUGUUCUGUGUUGCGUCAGCAGUCUUGGAGAGGAUGAAGAUUGAACAAGACGUUGCUAUUACCCAGGUCAUCAAAGAGAUGAGGAACUACAGGGAACAACUUAUUCCCUCUGUGGAGCAGUUUCAGUUUGUGCAUGAAGUAGUCACGGAAUACAUUCUGCAACAUGAAACAUAUUCAAACUUCACCUACUGAGAUGUAGGAUCUAUUUAAUCAAGGGGACAUAAAUAAGGCAACUAUUGACUUGUUUUUAUGUUUACGUGUAUAUUGAUAAUGUUAAAUUUAUUUAAAUAGAGUACCACUUCUAUAUGUAUAUUUUUAUAGUUAUUACAUACUCGAUCGCUUUAUGAACAUUUCAAGUUGGUGUACAUAUGUAUAAUAUUCUCAAUCAGUGAUGAAUGAAGCUAAAGCUAAAUGUAGUCAUUUUGCUAUACUGAACUAUUUUGAUUGUCGUUUUAAUAAAACGCACUUUUUCCUAGUGUUUGUAAAUAAAAUGUUUCCGUGUUUGCAAAGAGAGAAUGCAAGUGUUAACACUAAGCACCUCUCAAGUACGGAUGCAUCUUUGACUGCUGUUACAAUUAAAGGCUUAGAGGGUACUUGUAUUGUUAUUAUCUAUUAUUAUGCUUUGAAGUGUUUAAAUCGGAAAUAAGUUUAAUAUUUUACAACAGUUUCAAGUACUCCCUGAAAUUAAGAAAACCCUAUUUGGUUUGUUUAUAAAAUGUGUUACGUGCUGCGAAAGUACGAUGAAAGAAUUAAGGUACAGG